CCACUUGCCCAAUAGUGCAAAGGAAUUGAGUGGGAUCAUCAUUCUGCCUUUCUCAGCCAGCUCAUCGUCCAGCUCUGAGCAAUGUACAGCAGUUUUAUGUGUUGAUAUGCUCCCAUGAACUUCCCUGUGUUCCAGGCUCUGUCCCCACACACCCCCAGUUGUUCUAGCUCACACUGUGGUUCAGCAAUUCUAUUAAACAGCCUAAUCCUGCAGCUCCUGAAAUCAACAGAAAGCAACUUUUGACUUGUACGAGGAAUAGUGUCAAUUUCAUUUGUUAAUCGUUAUUUUGAGAUGAGCCGAGUAGCUCGGGGUGACCUCAGAAGGGUUUGGUCCCUCCCAUAGCCUUGACUUCAGUCAGAGAGGGUCUGCGCUGUGCUGUGCCACUGCUCAGACUGCCCAUGUCAGCAACUCUCACUAUUACAAAAUCGGGAAAUUCACGGUGGAAACGAAGUGGUGCAGAUAACGGGGAUUUUUGGACAGUCAAUCAAAGUCAAGGCCAGGUCCUGGAGAGUUCUGCGUCAUAGUCCAUUUUCUCCGCCAACCCAAAUCCUGCGGGCAAGGCACGUGAGGGGAGCAGAGGAGAACGGAGCGGGACAGACCCGGGGCGUUCUGGGCACCGGAGGAGGAGCCCGGGGAAAUCGAAACUGCGGGGCCAUGGCCGCCGUCAUCGAGCUGGAGCAGCUGCAGCGCGUCCUGGAGCUGCAGUGCUCCUGCUGCCUGCAGCCCUUCACCGAGCCCGUGCGGAUCACGGGCUGCGGCCACAGCUUCUGCCAGGGCUGCAUCCUCUCCUACUGCUCGAGCCGGCCCCGCGCCCUCUGCCCGCUCUGCCGCCGCCCCUUCGAGCCCCGACACCUGCGGCCCAACCGCGAGCUGGCCGCGCUGCUCAGCCUCAUCCCGCGGGAGCUGCAGGACAGGUGGGACCCGCAGCAGGAGCCGGAGCCCUGUGGAGCUGCUGCCUGCAACGACCUGAGUGUGGCGGAGCGGGCACCUGCGGAGAAGGAGGAGGAGAUAUGGGAGAGCUCCAAGCACCAAGAAAUAACUGCAGAGACCGUCCACCUGUUGAAGAAAGAUCUCAAUAAAACAAAGGAAUAUACAUCUCAGAUCAAAAGCCAGAUUACUAAAGAUUUCUGUUGCAUGAAGGAAUAUGUUGAGAGACAGGAGAGAAACACACUGAUGUUCAUUGAACAAGAGCAAAAAGCUACUCAGCAGAAAAUUGAAGAGACUAUUCACCAGCUCACAGACAUCAAAGGCCAAACUAGUGACUUAUCUGAGAGGCAGAGGUAUGAAGGCUCACCUUCAACAAUUAAUAAAAUUACACUUGAUGAGAAGCUUAAUGUUGUCAAAAGUGCUGUAGAAGAUCUUAAGAGAAAGUUGGAAAUUUUACUUUUGGAUAAUUACGCUCAGCAACUCCCACCAGUGCAGCCUCCAGACUCCUAUCAGGAGCCAAGUGUUUGCUCAUCAUCUCCAGAGUCUGCAGCUCAAAGUCCUGAACCAAGCAUUUCCAGCCCGUUUUCUCAGUGGGCAGAGGAUGUGACUUUUGACCCCACAAGAGUACACGAGCGCUUGGCACUCACAGCCCAGAACAGGAGAGUGGUGGUUUCCAGCCACCCAACCACUUAUCAACCAUCACCCAAAAGAUUCUGCAUCAGCCAAGUGAUGUGUUCACAGGGCUUCUCUACUGGGAGCCACUACUGGCAAGUAAUUACCAAGGACAGUGAUGGAUGGGCUGUUGGAGUUGCUCAUGAAAUGAUUGGUAAAAGGGAGAAAUUGGGAAGAACUGAGCAUUCCUGGUGUGUAGAAUGGGUGGGUCCUAAAAAACAGCUGUCAGCAUGGCAUAAGGAUCAAGAAACAUUAUUACACAAGGACAAACCACUGAAGGUUGGAGUUUUCCUAGAGCUGCAAAAGAAGACCGUGUCGUUUUACUCCAUCACUGACAAAGAAAUGCUUUUGCACACCUUUGAAAUCAGUACCUCAAAUCCUCUCUACCCUGCUUUCUGGCUGUACACUCUAGAAAGAAAUGGAUCUUUAACUAUAAGUCAGCCAAACAGGAGAUAAAGCCUGUUGAGAAGAGGGACAAUUUUGGCAAUGACUGCAGAGUUUCUGUAAAAGCCUCAGUGUUUAGCACAGGAAUGAAUAUACCAAGGAAUGAAUGCGUAACUACCCAGGCUUUCCUGGGAAUCAGCAACUGAUACAUCUGUCUGCUCUGCUUCUGUUCACUCUCUGCUCUAGUCUAGCCAUACUUCACUAAAGCAAUUCCAGCCUAUUCUAAAAGCAGUAAGCACCCCUGUGGGAGUCAGGUGGUCCCAGGAUAUUCCUAGGAAAGAAUGUACUAAGGGUGCUCUAAUGUUGGGCGUGAGCCUUUCUCGUGGACUUAAUUUUUCCUACAUUUUUAUAAAAAAAUACAGGAGAACAGAUUAUGCCUUUACUUUCCGUCAAGUGAGUUUUCUUUAGAAGAUCUGAUUGAUUAAGGAAUGCUCAGAGGGCAAGAAUGUUACUGAUCCUAGGUAUGAAAGUCUUUUGGGGAGGCACUAACUAGGAAAUAGGCUUUGGAUUUGAGGACUUGACACUUCAGGGAGGUGUCCCAAAAGAAAAUCAUCUCACUGGAACCACAUUUUAGGCUUGUCCAGGCCAAAGGGUUGUCAUUCCUGGUGGUGGUGUGACCAUGGGUACGGUUGUGGAAACAGAUACUCAGGUGUGUUUAUACCAGCUGGUAAAUCAUGCAGUCACUUUACUGGCCUUUUAAAGGGUCUGCAGGCAGGACUCUGUCAUGGGAAGGACCAUCUGGUCCUGCCAGCGAGCCUGAGACAAAGCUUCUCAGAGAGAAGGGCUUCUCAGAGCUUCUCAGUUGCCUGUGGGGGUGAAGGGACCAGAGCUGAGGUCCCACAAAACCUACAGCUUGAUUUCUGAGAGAUCCACUGCUUCAUGUAGGCAAACUGAAAACUGCAUUCCCAAGGAGCAAAAGCUUUUUCAGGAAGACUGUGGCAUUCCAGAAUUGACAAAAUAGUUUAUUGUGAAUAAAGCA